AGUGCUUCUCAUGUUGAGACACCUCCUUGUCUUUGUUACUUCAGUUGGCAGAUAUCAGCUUUUGCUCCAAUACGUCUAAACAGCCAGAAGAAUACAUUGAAAAAUGCAGUACUGGAAUUUAUUGGGAAACUACAACAGGAUCUUUCUAUAACUCAAACUUUUAAUCAUCCACCAUCUGUAACAGAACGCACUAAGCCACCCUUAUGAUGGAUUCCCAACAACUCUCCCUGCUGUCCUCCUUGAAGGAAGAGUUGAAGCCUGAAGAUUACAUUCAGCCCCACUAUAAGGAGGCCUAUCGCCUUGCCAUUGAUUCCCUGGUGAAUGACGGCAGAGAGAGCUACCAGGAGUUCCUCAAGUCCGAGCGGAUAGGGAGCUUCCUCUCGGAAGAUGAAAUCCACUUCAUCACUACAAACGCCUCACAGCCAUUGCCUAGCAACCACACAGAAGAAAUUGAUGGCCCAGGUCCGGACGCUGCGGCCAGCAAGUCUUCAACUGGAACGUACUGGCCUGUGGACUCCGACAUAGCAACACCUGACUUGGAGUUAGGGUGGCCGGAGGUCAUGCCUGAUAGACUGCAAACCAAUAUAAAUCUGUUCUUCCAUCCACCAAGACUAAACAGACCCACCAUCAAAGAGGUGAUCCGGAAACACAUUCAGGAUGCCAGACAGGUUAUUGCAAUUGUAAUGGACAUUUUUACAGAUGUGGAUAUAUUCAAAGAGGUGGUUGAUGCCUCCACCAGAGGAAUUCCAGUUUAUGUGCUUCUGGAUGAAUUUCAUCUGCAAAGCUUUCUCUUAAUGGUUGAGAAUCAAGACAUCCAAAUCCCAAAACUUAGGAACAUGAGAGUACGCAUAGUGAAGGGACAGGAUUACCUCUGUCGUUCAGGAUCUACAUUUCAUGGAGCAAUGGAGCAGAGGUUUCUGUUGGUGGACUGCCAAACAGUGGUGUAUGGAUCAUACAGCUUCAUGUGGUCCUAUGAGAAAAUCAACCUGAGUAUGGUGCAGGUCAUAACAGGCCAGCUGGUGGAGUCCUAUGACGAGGAGUUUAGAACGCUCUUCGCCCGUUCUUUCGUGCCAGCAGUUCUCACCCCUCCCGAGACUGUGCUACCAGAGAAUGGAAGGCAUGCUCGGGCAAAGUAUGCUUCUGAAUCCAGACAAGCCUUUGAGAGGAAGGACCAGUUGAGACAUACCCUGGACACAGUGUACAGGAAAGCCUGUGAGAGACAGACGGGCAUGACGAGCCAUAUGGGACAGAUGGAGGAGAGACUUUAUGACAAGGAGCCAUUUGAACACAGACCCAUGAUCAACCACGGCGAGAGUGUUCAAAACCGCAUCCAUCAGUUCCAGUCUGCAGAGACUGUGAACUUCCUGAAAAGGCACAGUUAUGCUGGGGAGAGACAAGAAGUCCCAUAUGUUCCACACAACACAAGGUAUGGGGCAAGCAACUGGAACGUGGCUGGAGAUGGAGGUAAUCACUGUGCUCCUGGAAGAAGCCACUUUUCCAAUGCUUUGGAAGACCAUUCUCAGGGGGCACAGAUAAUCAGAGGUCGCAAUUUUCGCCAGUCCUACCACGGGAAUGACAAACAAGUCCGCUCUAUGCAGCUGAACAUGCCAACUUUGAAGAACACGGCUAAGUCCUUCUUGCGCACAUAUAGGAUAGAGUCUUACCUCAAUAACACUGAUGAUCCUAUUGGGGAAUCCUGUGACUAUCUGGACCAGUAUGAAGCACAGGAAAACAAAACUAGCUCAUUGAUUCCUUCCAGACUUAGGUCAUCCCUUGUUUUCAAGUCCACUAUUCCAGAGAAACCGGAGACAAACAGUCACUCAAACAACUCUUCCUCUUCCAUGCGUCAGGUCGACCCCUCUUCAAAGCCAAACAAUGCACCGUAUUACUCUUCAAUGCAAUUGCAAUGGAAUCCAGCGACAUCGAAGGAAAACAGAAUGAGACAAGAUGAAUACAUUAUGAAAAGGCGGAGUCUGCAGAUUUUGGAUGAUCCUAGGAAUAACAUUGGCUAUGGCCCAGGAAGAGACCCAUAUCAGUCGGUCUAUGCCUGCCUGGGAAGAGCCAAAGAGGGACUGGUAAUGAAAGCCCCUGAGCUCCUUCAAGACAACUGGCACAAAAGACACAGUGUGGCAGACUCAAAGACCAACAGUGACUACAGAGUCAAUAAAGAGUCCUCCAGUCACAUGUAUGGUAGGGCCUUUGGGAGGAGUCAGCCAGAUGGUGGUGGAAUAACAUUGGGUGCACAGAAUGGAGGAUAUUCUUCAAAUUUGAACAAGGAUCAGAGAUCUAUCUCUCAUUAUGACGUCAAAAACGUUGUGGACACAAAGAGCCCCCCUGUUUCUAAUUGGCAAGAGCCUCCCUACAGAACUGUGUCUGCAGCAGCCCUUGAUAUGAACAGCAAAGAGCCUCCCUACAGAACUGUGUCUGCAGCAGCCCUGGAUAUGAACAGCAAAGAGUCCACUUACAAGUCCACCAGCACAGCAUUGGUUUCACCACAUUUCCUUAAGAAGAGCACCAAACAAAUCAGAUCAUUGCUCAAAAUACCAGAGAAAAAAGAGGGUUCCCCUAAAAGGGGUGGUAGCUCUGACACCAUAGUCACAGACGAAGAGGGACAAAUACCAGAGAGAGAGAGGAAGGUUGCAUCACAGAGUAGCAUGCUUCAGAUGGACAAGAACCACUGUGCAGAUGAUAUAGGGUUAUCCUCAACCCCUCGUUUUAGCACUGAAGAGCUGCACCAAAAUCUUCCUGACAGAACUACAUCCAUGGGGACACAGGGGCAGCAUACGUCCAUUGAUAAAACGCAUGAAAGGGCAAGGCUUGCGUCAGGAAAUUGGCGUAGCGAUCGGGGUGGCGAUAGUCGUUUGUAUAGCAGAUUUGAGCCUUUCUGUUCAUUGGAGAAGGAGCGACCCCAUUCCUCACAAUCUGCAACAGGCCCUGCCCCCAUACACUCCCCAGAGAGGACCAAGAGCAUGUACUCUGCUAAAAGUAGCACCACCAAUGAACAACACAACCACACUGGCCAGCAGACACAUAGCCACCAUGAAAACAAACUGGGCAAAUUCAUACAAAGAGUGGGGCAUUUCAUUCACAAAAAUAAGUAGUAGAAAAGAAAGUUAGCAUAAUACAACAUGGAUUACUGGUCAAAUUUACAAAAGCGGGCAAUGGCUCAAUCAAAUGGUAGGCAGAGUGGAAACAGUGUACUGCACUAUUUAACUUGAAAACUGGUUACAUGAAGAGAUUACAUCCUUUUAGGUCUCUUUAAGGCAAUGGCAAACCGAUUUUUACUUGAAUUAAAUGGGGGGGAUCAGCACAUCCAGGACAAGGUAUCACAAACUGUGAAAUCAAGUCAGGGGCCCACAGUGUCAGUCGGAACAGCAGAACUGGAUCAGCAGCACGGCCAAGUGAACAGGGACCACAGGAGGUUGGUGGCAGCUUAAUUGGGGAGACAGGGCUCAUGAAAAUGGCUGGAGCAGAUUUAGUGGAAUGGUAUUAAAUACAUCAAACACAUGUUUGAUGCCAUUCCAUUUGCUCCGUUCCAGACAUUAUUAUGAACCGUCCUCCCUUCAGCAGCCUCCAAUGACAGGGACAGCCAGGAAUUGGCAGGCCAGGUUGUCCUGAGGCACAGUCCAAAGUCCUUGUGGUAGGGGAGACAGAACUAGAAGGGAAUUAGUGGUCAGGGAAUCCGAGUGGGGAGCCGGGCCAGGCAGAGACCGAAAGGGUGGCUCGUCACUCCAGUACCUUGACGUUGAUAAGUCUUCAGUCCAAGACUAAAAGAUGUAAGAUAAAAGUGUGUGUUGGUGUGUGUGUGAGUGUGUUUGUACACUUCAGUGUGGGGAAACACUGAACACAAAUUUGUUACAUCUUAUUUGCUCUUCAAGUCUAAGAGUGCUUUAAAAUGUUAUGCUUUUUGGUCUUUAAUACAUCAAAGAUCUAUAUUCUUCAUAAUAUAUCAAAGCCAUUAGCAUUUAAAAAAAAAACCAGAACCAAUCAGCUGCUCGAUGGCUGUGACGAGAGACUAAAAGUUAACUAAAAUAGGAGGAAUUCAUAAUGCAGUAGCUUAAUUUCCAUAUAAAACACAUUAAAUAAUUUCAUUUUAAAGAUGUCUUCACAAUAACAACUCUGAUCAAAAGAGUGAAAACAAUCUAUUUGUUAGCCACAAUAUCAGAAAAACAUAUCCAGAGUACAGGAAUAACAGUGCGUAAAUUGCAUGAUUGGGUGAAUGAGUUCGUUUGUCAAACCCUAAUUCUGCUUUUGUCAUCAUUGCAGUGUCUGGAGUGUUUUGAUUAGUAUUUUUCUUGGAACAAUGUCUUGGCAAAAUAUGCUUGGAUUUUACACCUGUUGUGGGAAAUGUAGUGGUAUCAUGAGGGACUAAUUUAGGGAAAUGUACAUUGUGUGUCAAAUAUUUGACCUGUACAAACACUGACAAAGUUUGUUGAAAAAUAUAGUUGCUUUUUCCAAACAAAUGUGACAUUGUGUUUUUGUUCACACAAAAUUUGUUGAAAAAUAUAGUUGCUUUUUCCAAACAAAUGUGACAUUGUGUUUUUGUUCACACAAAAUCCUUUGUUGUAUGAGCUACAGGGAAGUGCAUCCUACAGUACCACCAUGAGGUGAAGUAUUUAUUUCAGUCUGUUUAAGCUACGGAAUCGUUUUUUGGCCAGGUUGUAUGUGUUAGCAUUCAACCCAUUCCUCUGACAAGCUAAAGACAAUUUCCCAGUCAACAUGAUAUAUAAGCAUGACUUGAAUAGAGCACAGCAUUAUUUUUGUGUUUUGCAUUCCACUGAUUCUGGACUAUUUGAACCACGCAUUUUUGAACCAUGCCUUUUCAUUAGACAGGGUUCCUACUGUCACUAAGUACUUCAACACCUCAAUCUUUCACAUCACAUAGAAAGUGUAUCAUUCAAUGUGAAGUUCACAGAGUGUAUGCAUGCAUUCAGCUGCUUGUAAUUGAUAUGGGAAUAAUUGUCAUUGCAUCAGGUAUACAAGAAAUCACAUUCAUAAUAAAAUGGUGGGGGGGGGGGGACAUAUGAUGUUGGGAAUUGUUCUAUAGAAGCUUUUUUUAAAUCUGUGUUUGAUAAUAGGAUGUUGGUAUUUGCUCUCGAUAAGCAUAAGUGAACACUUGGCCCUUAUAUAAUUUGUAUUGAAUUACCUGUGUUGCAUUGUGUUUUCCGUCUUUAGUAAUGAUAGGAAAUAGAUAUUGUCCAAUAGAUCUGUUAUAAUUUAGAGCUAUGAGGUCUGAAUUAUGAGAUUGUAGCUUACAAGAGGUUGUAUGGAGGUCAGCAUUAUGACCAAGUCAGAAGCAUAAUUUUGUAAUGUCGCUAGGAAGAUGUGUUUCUAAUUUGUGCAAUAUGUAAUAAAUAUGCAAUGGAAUAAACUGCUUCCAAAAGCC